UCUUAAAUUUCUAAGCUGCAGGCUGCAGCCACCCAAAAAGCACCACUGUACUGUACACAUGCAACUCCAACUAUUUAUAUAUGAUCUUGUGUGAUAUAUCUCACUUCCACCAUUCACUUUCUUCCCUUCCACCUUCAAGAAACAAGCAUAAAGCUUGGCUUGCAGCUAGCUGCGGGUUAGUUAACCAGAAAGCUAAAAAUGUGUGUGGGUUCCUCAGAGUGGAUCAUCUGCAGUAUUUCCAUGCAUAAACGUCGCCCAAAGCGUUCAAGACUCCAGCUUUAUCUCCUUAAAAGGAGGAAGAGGAGAGAGGAGGACAUGGAAGUGAGAAACUUGAAGCUGUACAUGGAAAACAUGAGUAUACUAGAAGAGAAUGAGAAACUGAGGAAGAAAGCCAGCUUGCUGCAUCAAGAGAAUCUUGCUUUAUUGUCUGAGUUUCAACACAGAUUCUCCUGUGUCCCCUUACCUCCACUACCAUGAAUCUACUCCAUCAUUCAUAAAAACACUAAACAACGUUCUCGGAUCCUAGUACCUCGUACCUCGUACGUACCAUAUAUCUUGCUAUAUUAAUUAAUUUGUUCAUCACUAGUCACUACAAUAUAUAUGCAUGUUAUGUAUAAAUAUAUAGUCUUGAUUUUGUUCUUUUAUUUAAUUUUAUGUAAACCCGCCUGCUCCCAUUUCCCUUUAAUUUGAAGAAAACCUCUGUAAUUCCUGCUAAUAAUUACUCAAUCUGUUUUAUAUUA